ACACGACAUUCGAUGGUAUAAGCAAAUCAUUUGCAAGAGAAGUGCUGCAGUUUCGCGUUUUUUCUACAUUGACUUCAGCAUUGUCGCUAGUGUCCUCUUCAGCACGAUAUGGGAUCGUCGUCACCUCCGAGCUUUGAGAGUGCCUCCAUGCAAGUCUCUGAAAUGAACUUUGGUUUGAACAUGCUUCGGCAAACUCCUGUAACCAAAUCGAUGGUAGUAUCUCCAGUUUCGGUCAUCUUCGCACUUGCCAUGGUUCAACUUGGUGCGAGAAAUCGUACAAAAUUGCAGAUCAAUAAGGUAAUCGCGAACGAAGCUACCGAUAACGCUAUAGUCAGCUUCUAUUCGGAUCUUUUCAAGAACAUUACCAACUCACCUGGAGCACAGGCAAGAAUUACUAAUGGGUUCUUUAUGAACAAGACAUUUUCGAUAAGAAAGGACUAUGCGAGAAUGAUUGCCCAAAAGUUUGGCGCUUUGAUAGAAGCUUACGACUUUAGACAGGCAGCAAAUACUGCUAAGAUUAUCGACAACUUCGUAAGUCAAAAAACUGAUGGAAAAAUCGAAAACUUCAUAAAAAGUGAUGCAGUAGAAGGUGCAGAUGCCCUUAUAGUAAAUGCAAUUUACUUCAAAGCUGAUUGGCAUUACACGUUUAACAAGAAUUUCACAAGAGAGGCUUUAUUUUAUCAUUCUGCAGAUGAUAAAGGAAAGGUGAACUAUAUGAACGAGUACAGAAAGAAUCGCAUGUAUGCUGAGAAUGAAGUCGUUCAAGUUCUAUCGCUACCUUAUAAGGACACAUCCUACUCUUUCAAUAUAUUUUUGCCUAAGAAAAGAUUUGGCAUUGAUGAGCUCCGUACGAAGCUGGAUGGAGCUACGAUUCAAAAUCUGCUCUCACGGCUAAAGUCAACGCAUUUAGACCAAAUAUCAAUCCCCAAAAUGAAACUUGAAAAGGACUACGAUUUGAAAAAGGCUCUGUUGGCUAUGGGUGUUUCCGACCUCUUCGAUAGAAAUUUGGCCGAUUUGUCAGGGAUUUCAGAAAACCACCUGUAUGCAUCGGACGCAAAGCAUAGAGCUUUUAUUGAGGUUGACGAGAAGGGAACAACUGCAGCCGCAGCAACUCGCAUCGGAAUUAAAGUCUGCCGUAAAAGAGGACCUCCCAGGAUCCAGAGGAAUUUCAUCGCAGACCACCCAUUCAUUUUCAUUCUUACUAAGGAUAAAAAUGCUCUCUUCAUUGGGCAGUUUAUAUGAUUACCCUUUGCCUUAUAUUCACUUUAGAUGAAUAAAUAUGGAAA